AUGGCGCGAUCCCUGCUCUUCGCCUGCGCAGCGUGCGCAGCCUACCGAGCAUUCGCAGAAUGUCCAGCAGAGUUGCCUAAGUGCGAGAUGAUUGGACAGACUUGUGGAGACUACACCUGUUGCAGCGGCAUGCAGACAAGCUGCGGAGCUGGAUCUGUUUGCGCUGGUGAAGAGUCCAGGUGUGGUGAACGAUCUAUUUGCAGUGGCAUUAGUUCUGUUUGCGGGCCACUUUCUCAAUGCACUGGCCUUGGUGCUGUGUGCGACGGAGCUGGAGCAGCAACGGAAACCAUGCAGCCGAUGCAACCCAUGAAGCCGAUGCAACCCAUGAAGCCCAUGGAGCCCAUGAAGCCCAUGGAACCAAUGAAACCGAUGGAGCCCAUGAAGCCCAUGGAACCAAUGAAACCGAUGGAGCCCAUGAAGCCCAUGGAACCAAUGAAGCACCCUCCUCGGAGCAUUAGGUUCCAACCCUUUAAAUCGCCCAGCGAGCAGCCAAAGGAGGUUCACAACCAUGGCUGCAUCAUCGGUGCAUCGUGUGCUGGCCGUGCUGUUUCCAGCAUGAAUGGCCUGGAGGUGUGUUGUCAAGCUGACUGCAAUGAUUGCUCAGUCAGCGAGUCAUUUUCCAACGGUGUGUUGACCACAACUUGUGUAUGCAGCGAUGGCGAUGACAGCCUUCUGGUGGCAAAGGACGCCAAACUUACCGCUGUUCACAAUGAUGGCUGCGAUGUGGGUGACAGCUGUGAUUCUCGAGGUAGCUCCAUGGUUGGGGGCCAAAAAUUCUGCUGCCCAGCAGAUUGUGCCAACGACUGCAGCCUGGAAGUGUCUCAGGGCAAAGUGAUAUCAGCCUCAUGUCACUGUGCACAGCCAGUCAAGGGCUGGACUACUGCGGAGAAAUGUGUGGCUUUCGCAGGUUUCGUCAUCCUGUUGGGUGCAGGACGCGGUCAGUGA